UGUGCCACUAUGUCGAAACUUGCUCAAGAUGCUGCUGCAUUUCAGAAAACCUUGAAGCGACAAGAUUUCACUUCCUGGCAUUCCAAUGCUGGGACUGCUGGCCCAUCGAGUCCCGCAGCUACCACGCCCCAAACAGCCGACUCCGAAUAUGUCCCUCCAGGCAAGAAGAAACCUCGCCCGAAGUCUAAUGUUGUUUGGUCCCAGCCUGCAGACACUGGUUCAGGAAACAAUGUCAAUACGCAACUCGUCUAUGCGGUGGACCACCUCAAGUCUACGCCUAAUCCUAUGCGGCUAGAAGAUAUCGCUCUUUUGACUGGCACGCCGUUGCUUGAGGACUCGCUGUUGCUCGAAAAGUUCAAAGCCCAUGAUCGCGUUUUGUAUAACCCUAAAACGAACCUCUACUCCUACAAGCAUGAAUACAGCUUUCGAACCAAGCCAGCUUUGCUCACUGAAAUUCAACGUGCAACCAAGAAUGGCGGAGGGAUUCAUGUUAAAACCCUGAAGGAGGUGUGGAAGGAAGCGCCAGCAGCAGUGGAAGAGCUGGAAGCGGAGGGCGAAGUGUUGGUAACCCGUACUGUCAAGGAUGGUCAGCUUCGGAUGGUCUUUUGGAACGAAAUCAAACCGACUGAAGAGGCUGGAGGUAAAAAGGUUGAGCAGGAAUUUAUGGAUCUUUGGCAUCAGCUGAAGCUACCUGAUGAUGUCGAACUCAAGAGGGAAUUGGCCAACGAGGGUCUACAGUUGACUUCUGCUGCCCAGGCUCCGAUCCGCGCUCCUACCACCAAAAAGAAAGGAAAACGAGGAGGUUGUCCUGUUGAACGACUACGGGAUUUUAUUGUCGACUUCUAUGUAAAGGGAGGGCCCCAAAACACCGACGACGACUUCUACGCCUUCAUCUGGUCCCUCGUCGCUCAACAGCCCACCGUCAUCGUUGGGACCGUCCCUGACGGCAUCACUUCGGAGGUUUGGAUUGCGCCGCAAAACAGCCAGAAGCGCAAAGCGAAGGAGAAGGGGGAGGAAAUCGUUCAAACAGCGCCGCCUACGCUCGCUAUUGUUGCAGAUGCCAAAACUCUUUCGCUCAAGGAGCUCAAGGCUCAGUAUGGGGAUAAGCUGAGGAUUGCGACCAAUUCCGAUACAACAUAUGCUGCCCUCACUGGUACCCAUAUCCGCUUUCCAAAAAUGAGUCCGAUGGUAUAUACGGCCCUUCAAAUCAUCACUCGCGGUCGCGACAAUGGUGUCACCGUGGUAGAACUUGGCCAGCGAUCUACCUACGACCAAAAAACUUGCUUUUAUCUUGUCAAGCAACUUACCGAUUUAGAUCUUGUCGUCAAAGUUCGUCGUGGUGGUGUUGGAACACAUUUCGUCAUACACAAAUACUUUUUUGAUCGCAGCGAACUGUGGAAGGGCAUCAGAGAAGAGGAAAGUCGUGCGACUGCUGAAUUACAGGCCGAAGAAGUAGCUGAGGCGCCAGAUGAAGACGGAGAACAAGACCCAGCUGCUUUGAAUCUCAAUUUCGCCCCCAUUGAUGCGCGUCAUCUCUCGAGUCUGACCCUUCUCAAAGGGCGCAUCCUCAAACUGCUCAAAGCUUCGAAGAACCAGAUGCAUGCUUCUAGCAACAUGCUCAUCGCUAUCGGUUUCCAGCAUCCAACCAAAACUGAUCGUCGUUUUUUCACGGCACGAAUGCGGGAGCUUGUUGAGCAGCGUGUUGUGGAUGGGAUCAAAUGCUACCGUCUAGUUUCUUCCGAUACAGAAUCGACACAAGGAGACGUCGCGCCAACACAAGCAGAUGAUGAUCCAGACGAGCAAAGCGGCGUCAAGUUUAACACGACUAUCCACAAACAAAUCCUAACACUUAUCGAAGAGUCUGGUAAAGCCGGCAUGACUCUGACCGAAUUGACGAAUUGUCUGGCCCAAUUCGACCGCCGGACGAUUGAACUGAUACUAACCCGCACCGAGAAAUUCCCUCCCCCCGCUCACCUGAUCGAUCUUGGAAUUGCCUGUCUGAUGGAGAGCAGUGGGCGGGAACGGCGAAACCGAUACUACACUCUCGCGUCCUACCUAGACCUUGUUGCUGAAGAGGGUCUCGAUCAAGGCAAUUCUGGUUAUGCGGAAAUUGAUCGUGCGCAAGUCGGCAACUUCCACCCUUUUACCUCAGAUUUAUUCUACUCGAACGUUGCGGCCUUGAACGCGCACCAAGACAGCGACUUGAGAAUGUUACUCAAAGGUCCCUCCAAAGCAUCCUCCAAAAUUCGAAAAAACCCUCUUUUGCCUGAUGGUACGGUCAAGAAGGGACGCCCGAGGAAACAAAAAGAGGAAGGCGAUGGCGAUGACAAGCCAUCCAGGAAACGCAAACGGAAACAAGAAGACAACGAGGAUCAAAAAAGACCAACGAAGAAAUCCAGGACAGACGGUGAUCCCGGCGCCUCUACUUCCGAGAACAUGGGUGAUGGCGACGACGCAGUGUGUACUCCUAAACCAGCACCCAAGCGUCGGGGACGCCCGCCGAAGAAAAAGCCGGUAGACGAUUCUAUCGGUGAAGAGGUAGCUGCCGCAGAAUCUCAGUCAGGCCCACCGCCAAAACGUCGUGGUCGACCUCCCAAGAAUCCACCGCCCAUUGAUGGACAACCCACAGAAAAAAGAAAGCGCGGUCGGCCAAGGAAAGACGCCGGAAAAACAUUGGUUGACACGAGCAGCCCUGCUGCUUUAGUAGACAUUCAGAUGGCAGAUACCGAUGAAAAAGGCGACGAAAACAUUGGUGGCGAAGCGGAUCCACAGUCGGAAGACCACUCUGACGCACCGUUACCUCCAGCGAAACGUGCCAGAAUGACGUCCUCCCCGAUACCGGAAUCGGAACCGCUUGAGAUUGACACACUUCUGCCAAUCUCUACUCCUUCAUCUGCUCUGCCAUCCGAGCUACCUAGUCCUCAUGUAGAAGCCAAAGACGACCUCAUUUCAUCCCCGCUGUUGGUACCGGAGACGUCAAUCCAAAUCGAACCACCCAGUGUUCCAAAUGACGCCAGUGCAGUUGUGCCAGACAUCGAGCCAAUCGCACCAAGAGUGGAAUCUCGUCAAUCCCAACCAACGAAAAAACCUCGCCAGAAAAUGAACAAAAUGAACAAGAUGAAUGUUUCGACUCUAAGGCGCGAGAACGAGCUCUUUCGGGUUCUCGAACUCCUUGGAGGCAUUGCGAAUACACAAACCAAGGAGCUCUUUGAUGCUCAUUUGUCGCAUCUGACCACUCUUGCGGAAGCAUCCGAACCUGCCAGCGCCCCACCCGGGACGACCAUGGAUCGUCGGACUGCACUUGCAGGUUUUAGAAGUCUUGAAGCCAAAGGUCGCGUGAAACAAUUCAAAACGACUUUGACAAGCAUUACUGGUCUGGUCCGCCCCGCAAAUAUCGUCUACUUACCACAUAUAACUCAAGAGCAAAUCUCAGCAUUCCUACUCGAACAAGGCCGCAAUACUCCCCAAUUCCCGCCUACCAAUUUCAACCACUCGAUUGUGGUCGAUGCAGACACUGAAUAUGGUGCCAAGUCUGGUCGUAAACCGCGCAAGUCCACAGCCGCGCAACUCUUGUUGGGCGACGAUGAUGAAAACAGAAUGCCGAACGCCCAGCGGGCCGACGAACUAUUUGCGAUGAACGAUGAAGCCAUUCGAGAGGCCCUUCUGACGGAACGGACAACAUUUGGUCAACUCUAUGGCUAUAUCCCCGCUAAAAUGCUGCGCGCUCGGGAGUUCCAUCGUUAUUGUUUGCAUGCGUUUACCAGUGGCGACCCAUCACUUAGUAUCGUUUCCCAUGCUGACAAGUUGGCGUCGUUCGCAUUUUUUUACUCCGAACUUCCUCUUGGCCUCUAUUGUGGACUGGUGGCUUGCAUCGAUGGCAAUGAAGAGUUAUCCCAGUUAUUGGCCACUGACGAUGGUUGGAACAUGCCGGUCAAGGACCUCCCUGCGAAUCUACACACCCUCUUGCAAAUAAGUCGAACCCGCGGUCGCGGGAGAGUUCUCGAAUUGCUCGAGAUUCUCAGGUCGCUGGGCUUGGCAGAGCCGCUGAGGCCCGCCGAAUCCGACGAAGUUAAGGUCACGUGCCCGCCCAAUGCAGAUUUCCCGACCGCUUUCUGUGAGCAAGUAGGCGAAUGGACCAGUCAACUGACAACAAAUGCUCCGGACUACUGGCGAUUCCUCACUGUCGCCCCUAUCUUUCAUUGGGCCCAGUCUACAUCAGAACCCCGCUUCCUACGCAAUAUGCCCGUUUCGUCUGAUACAGAAAGUGCUGAAUACUGGGACUAUCUUAAAAUCGCAUGUGUUGGAUCCCUGGACGCUCCUGAAGCCGUUGUUUCCGACCUCCCACCAGCGCAAUCUCUGUUAGAAAAGGCGAAAAAGUCAGCCAAAAUCCUCUGUCGACGUGUCUCCUGGACAGAAGGAUAUUCAUUCACAUGGCACCAGUCACACUACAUCAAUCAGCGUAUCAGUGGCCUCCAGGACCUACCUCCGUUAGACGGUUCCGAUGAACAACUUUCCCAUGUCGCUAGUAUUAUCUCUGCCCCUCUUGACGUUGUUCGCUCAUUCUACGAAAAAGCUCUUGCUAACCAAGAGGUCGAGCUUGAGAAGGCUAACCGUCGUCUCCAGAAAGAGAUCAAAAAGAAAGCUAUGGACACAGAAACACGGGCAUCAUUAGCAUUGAAGGCUGCCGAGUUGUUGGCUGAACGGGAAGCUAGGUGGGAUAAUCUGGUUGUCAAGGUCCAUCCAGACCCUCUACCAGAGGAAGCGGCCGUUCGGUUGAAGCGCGUUCGAACAUCCUACCUCCAGUCCAGCGGAGCUCAGGUUGAGAAAUGGGCGCAAAAAAUCGCUCAGGCUUUGCAUGAUGCUAACCUCCCAAUUGCCCCACGCUUCUUAACCCAAAGGAAAGGACCGCAGUGGAGAACGAAGCCCGCUGCCGCCGAUGGCACGGCUUAUGCUCCAACUAUCUCUCCGCCGACAGUUACCAAUGCUCCAGAAAAAUCAAUCGCGACACUCAUCGCCACGCAAGGGCCACCUGUUGCUGAAAAGUCCAAGUCUAAGAAGAAGAAGCCAGCGGAAGCAGGGAAGGAGCAAGAGCCAGAGGUCAACACAGGUCCUCGUUCGCGUUUCCAUUGGAACAAGGAUUAUGAUGAGCUUCUGAAGGACGCUUAUGUGAUCGCCAACUCUCGCUGCCGCACGAGAGGCAAAAUCGACUACGGAAUCGUCAAGCAAGUAUUUCCUGCCGUACCAAAGGGGACUAUACGUGCGCGUGUCCGAAGUCUGAAGGAUGCGACUACGACAGCGGCAUAUUUGGUGCGACUGGAGGACCAUUGGCACCAAAUUUGGGUAAAAUAUCGUGGUUCGAAAUGGCUUCCGGACGAUGACAUUCGAAGCUCCGACUUCAACGUCAUCCAACACAUUGAGUUCCUUCGAAGUCAUGUCGACAAGAAUGCUAUACGAGUAGGCUUUUCAGAGGACGAUACUGCGAAGAAUAUCAUUCCCGCGACUGUGGAGAUGCUUUUCGACCAGUUCGAGGUAACGGAAACAAUAUCUGGACCACCUACAUGGGAUUUCAUGUUCAGUGGCUUGGUCGAGGACAAUCGAGAAAAGCGGUCUCUGCGUCAAGCACUCACUCUUCGUGCGGAUGACCUUGCUUUUGCUACAGACGACCUGACAGAUGAAAUUCUAUUUGCGGAAGCUGCGGUCAAGCUUACUAUGGGUAGUGGGUUAGAAAGCUACGACCCAGUUGAGGCUGCUCGAUUAUUACAUGAGAUCGGAGAACCUAUCGUUCAAACUGCCACCAGGAAUCUACUUGGUCGUAACGUCUUGUCCAAGGCUUUCCGAAACCCGAACAGUCGACCCGGCCGGAUGCUCAGGAUCUCUGAUCUGAAUAACAACGCCAUCGGUGGUUCUGUCCCACGCGACACAUUCAACGAUGCCACUGCUCUCGAAGACAUUUCGGCCGUCGACGACAGCUGGCGAGAAUGGCCCCUGGUUGCAACAGACGGUGAUAGUGCUGCACUGAUUCAACUUGUGUCCGACAACAAGGUUCAUUUCAAAGUUGAUACAACUCAAGCACAGGCGGCUCGGAAGGUUGUUGACUGGAACAGCAAGAAAGCAGAUGACGAUCAAAUCGAGACUUCGAUUUUCGUCCGCUUUCAUGAUAUUAUUACAGCUCCUCUAACGCCCAGCCCUAUCGAGACGCCCAAUCUGGAACCAAUCACAACUUUAGCAGAACAUGGGAAGACGGUGGAUGGACUGUCUGCUUGCUGCAAACAAGUGACUGAAGAAAGUCUUGUCGAUUGUCCUGCUUGCGUUGAGGCAGAAUGGGCAGCGCUGUCCCAUUCACUUGACGUGAUUGAUCGCGACAACUUGCAGCUUAUUUUAGACGUUGUAACCGGGAGCGGUGCCAGCGGGAUUAGCAAGAACGGACUUGUGGAGAAGACUGGACUGCCUCUGGAGACUAUCCGUGCUGGAGUCCGGAAGUUGACGGACUGCAAAUUGCCACUGUUGUUUUGGACCGGUUACAAGUCGCUCUUGCUCGUAGCGUCGGUAUAUCUGCGAAAAUGGUCGAUUCUUAUUUCUCAAGAUCCAAUGAUGCGGGUGUUCCCUCGACGGUGGCUCGACAUGACUGGCAACAAAAUUUCGGAUAGAUGGGAAGCCGCUGCACGGGCAGUUAUGGGUGUUUUAGUCUUCCAUCCGGGAAUCACACAGGCGCAAUUACGUUGGCGACUGCGGUCAGUUUAUGACCGACAGGAAAUCUAUGAAAUGUUGCAGUAUCUAACUCAAGGGGGGUUUGUGCAGUUGCGGGGAGGGUCGUUGCCUGCAGAUGACGACGAAGAAAAGGAAGUUUAUGUAUUUGUUGGAGAGGGUCCAGGGCAUUGGUUUUGCUGCUUUGCUCUGAGCCACCAACCACCCACCACCGCUUUCUAUCCUUCGGCUGUGGUCCUUUCACUCAUUUACCCAACUAUAACAAUGCCAACCUACCUCUCCAUCCCCUCCAAGGCCAAGCUUGUGUGGGAACGGCUUACCUUCUCGCGGCUGACGACAAUCUACGCCCUCUUUUCAAUUGCUCAUUUUGGCGUUCAGAUUUUCCUCCAAACCCAGGCCUUCACUAUCAAUGCCAAUGCUGCCGCCCUUCUCUACAGUGUUGCACUCCAGGGAAAUGCGACCAACAGCAGCUUUCCCGCGCUCCAUGGACCCGAAAUCCGCAUGUGUGCCACAAUCCCAUUGACGCUCAGUACCAACGAGUGUGUUGUCGUCUAUGAUGGUCAUCCUGCCACCAACAACCGCGCCCUCGAUGCAGGUGAAAAGCUGAGCAACAAUAACGUUGCUGCCGUUGUUUCAACCUCGACUGUGGCACGCUCAAGCUCAAGCACUCUCGACUUCGCUUCUACCUCAGACAUCCCAAUUUUCAGCUCAGCAUCAGCUCCGAUUGCUUCGUCCUCAUCGGCAAUCUUCCCCAGUGGGCUUCCAAGAGUCAUCAAGAUCACCCAAACCAUCACCUCAACUGCUCCUCCGACCGCCACGCCUUCGUCCACUAUCCGUGAUAAGAGGGCAGACAAGGUUUUCCAAACACCACAGGUCAAGGUGUUCAGCCUGGCGGACGAUACCACUCUUGUCAACAUCACCGGACUUGGGUAUAACCAUUACCCCCUCGUCCUGGACAAGAGCUGUAUGUGGGCUCUGAACUGGCCCGUUGCGAAAUUGGACAACACGAAGCGGGAAGAUAUUGUCUUCAUCGCUUUCCAAUUCUGGGUCUUGGGAAUGUCCAUUGUGGCUCUGUUGAACGAGUCGAUGCCGCACAUGCUGGCCUCUCUCUCCACUCAUGUGCUAGCAACGGCGUGGUCUGGCUACCAAAUUACCCACACCGCCUCAUUUCGCGCUGACUUCGACCGAUAUAUCACCCAUGGCGCAUGCAACGGUGCUCCUUCUCUUCUGCCCACCUACUGGGCAGCUCGUGCCCGUGCUGAGUACCCGACUGUGGCUUUCAACGCCGUCAGUCUGGUUAUCUCAUCGAUUUUGACAUGGAAACUCGUCAAAUUGUUCGGUUGGCAAACAUUCAAGCGUGUCGGAGCGUCCUUAACCAUCAAGCGUGUCUACCACCUCGUCCUGUUGUUCUCGAUCGUGUUGCAAUUGGGUCUGUUCUUCAUGGGCGCGACGAUUUCGCUUUUCCUCGAUCAACUGAUCAACGGAUGGGCCGGACAUCUUGCUUCCUAUAUGACGCUUUACAAGGUCAUGUUCGUCAUUACCGGAUUGCUAUUGAUUCCGUGGAUUAUUUCGGGAUGGUAUUCUGUUCGUCGCGAAAAGGGGUGGGGCAUGAUUGUUUUCCUGGCCAUUUCGAUCUGGUAUCUAGCCGGCUGGGCGGUCAUGUUCCUAUCAACCACCUUCCGUUGGACAUUCGAAACUUGGAACUUCUUCGCCAUCGUUUCCUCGAUUUCCGUUGCCUUUUCGCUCUUUGCUUUCCUCUUGGGCGUGGUCUGCCGAUACAACUACGGUAAAGGCCUUGUUCGUUAUCUCAAUGCCCAACAGGAGUCAAUGUCAGGCGACGAUGAUUUCCAGCGAAUUACGUCGCGCACCGACGAGAAGGUGUCGUUCCCGUCUCCGUCCGAGAAGCCCGUUCCUACUUACUCUGCGACUUUCGGGCCUGGAGCUGACUUCCGGCCCAACCCUCAGCUUGGCCCGAGGUUCUUCAAUUCAGCGGCUGAGCCAUUUGAAAGUCCUUCCAACUCUGCUGGCUCGUCGCCCAUUGCUGCUCCUUUGGCUGCCGUUACCCGUUCUUCGACGACUGACUCAUACCUAACCCACACCACGCCGAUGCCGCAGCGCAACAGCGACCAUGGGAGCCUGAAUAGCUACUACGACUAUUCUGCUGGUGAUUCGAAUCAUGCCCGCCGCGAUAGCGAAAGCCACGGGACAACGGCCGCCGGUACUGGUAAACGAUGGGUGAUAGACGAUUAA